CGACUACGACGACAAUACGUACCCACGGCCAGUGUGGCAGUGUACCGUUAAUCGCUCGCUAGUCGCAAACUCGCAACUCGGUACUCACAAGUAACACUUACCCCGCUGCCAAACGAUAACGCGAACGUUGCCCCUGUCCGUUUACGUUUUAAUCGCCGUUUCACGCUCGGCCUUUACGCCGUCCGUGCGAAGUACCGCGUAUUCUCGCACUGCCCACAUUGCCGUCGCUGCGUUCGAGGACGACUGCAACAUGAGCCCGUCACGACCAGAGUCCCACCCUCGUGCUUGUCGCGUCCGUCUAUCUUGGCGCUCGUGAAUCGAGCAAUGUUAGAUUUAGAUAUUGGAAAAAUGGGUGAUCACGUUCAAAAAUAUGUCAAUGACAAUGACAUGAACCUCAAGAAUUCGUUUUGGAAAAAAAACAUUAGAAAUCUUCCUGGAAGAGCAAGUCCUAAGAAAGAAAGCAAAUCUGUAUCUUCUUCAGCUUCGACUUCGUUUGAUGAUUUCCAAGAAAGUGUCAGUGAUGCAUGGGAAAUUGAAGCUGAGGAUGAAAUACUACGUAUAUCAGACGUGAAAAUUUCAAAGCGUGUGGCCCAUUCUGCUGCUGUCAAUGUAAUUAAUAAUCAUAAGGCUUCGAUUGAGGAAAUUCAUAAAUCAAAAAACUACUCAAACUCUGAUCCGCAAGGAGAAUCUAGUUCACAAACUUAUAAAGAAUCUCGAAACACAGAGAAUAGAGUGAAUUUUUCCAAUUCUGAAGUUGAUACAAACAAAUUAACAAAAUUCCAAGUGUUGCUUGAAAGUAACUUAUUAAAUUUAGAAGAUUUAAAGAAACUUAGUUUUUCUGGUGUACCUGUAGAAGUACGUCCUAUGACAUGGAGACUAUUAGCAGGUUAUUUACCAACUAGCACUGAACGUAGGCAAGAAGCUCUCGAUCGAAAGCGUAUUGAUUAUGCAAAUCUUGUCAAACAAUAUUAUGAUACAGAUAAAGAUGAAGUGUACAAAGAUACUUAUAGACAGAUUCAUAUUGAUAUUCCACGUAUGAGUACUCCUCUUUUCCAACAAACAACUGUGCAAGAAAUGUUUGAACGAAUCUUAUUUAUCUGGGCAAUCAGACAUCCUGCAUCUGGUUAUGUUCAAGGCAUGAAUGAUUUAGUUACACCUUUUUAUGUUGUCUUUUUGCAAGAAUAUCUUCCUAUAGGUACAAAUAUUGAAACACUUGAUGUAAGCUCAAUAUCAAAAAAGAACAGAGACUCUCUAGAAGCUGAUUCAUUUUGGUGUUUGUCAAAGUUCUUGGAUGGUAUUCAAGACAAUUAUAUUUUUGCCCAACUUGGAAUUCAGUAUAAAGUUAACCAGCUAAAAGAACUAAUUCAAAGAAUUGAUGGGACACUACAUGGACAUUUAAUGAAACACGGAAUCGACUACUUACAAUUUUCAUUUAGAUGGAUGAACAAUUUACUAACGAGAGAAUUACCACUGAGGUGUUCAAUAAGGUUAUGGGAUACAUACCUCGCACAGUCUGAUUGUUUUGCUACUUUUCAGCUUUAUGUAUGUGCUGCAUUUUUGUUGCAUUGGCGACAAGAAUUACUAGAAGAAAAAGAUUUCCAGGGUCUUAUGAUUAUGUUACAAAAUUUGCAAACACAAAAUUGGACAGACACUGAUAUCAGCUUAUUAGUAGCUGAAGCCUUUAGAUUGCAGUUCACAUUUGCUGAUGCUCCAAAUCAUUUGACUACAAAAAGGUGAUAAUUUUUCUGUCAUAUUGAUGACAUACCUUUCUAUAAUAUACAUAAUACAUGUACCGCAAACCGUAUUUAUUUUUUACUAGUUAAGAUUAUUAUAAUUUAUUAUUAUUGAUUAUUUUGC